AUAAUUCACACACAACCCCUUCAAAGUCCAGCAACCCACCCACCCUUCCGCCCACGCACCAUUUCGCAGACCGUGUGUGCUCCGGCCUCCGAGACGCACCGGAAACUGCCGCUAAUGGUCGCCAUGGCUGGCCAAUCCCACCUCUCUCUCAUCUCUUUCUUCACUCUAAUCCUUCUUGUUCAUUCAAAGCUAAAUCUUGACCCUUCAGAUCAUGAAGCUCUGUUAAUCAUUCAAAAAGAGUUGGGCUUCAAUGGUCAACACCAUGUUCGAAACCCACCAUGCAACUUCGCCGGAGUAUUCUGUGAAAGGAGGAUUUUCAACAAUUCAUACACCCUCAAAGUGACUCGUAUUGUUCUCAAAUCCCGGCAGCUCCGAGGAGUUUUAUCCCCGGUAAUCGGAAAAUUGUCGGAGCUCAAAGAGCUCUCUCUUCCUAACAACCAUCUCGUCAAUCAAAUCCCACCUCAAAUAGUUGAUUGCCGUAAAUUGGAGAUUCUAAAUCUCCAUAACAACCGAUUUUCCGGCGAAGUUCCUUCUGACUUAUCAUCACUAAUCCGUCUUCGAGUCGUUGACCUUUCUUCCAACAAGUUUUCCGGGAAUCUAAAUUGCUUGAAAUAUUUUCCCAACCUGGAAAAACUCUCACUUGCCGAUAAUAUGUUCGUCGGAAAAGUCCCUCCAUCAUUGAAAUCUUUUCGCAAUCUUCGUUUCUUCAACAUUUCUGGAAAUAGUUUCCUUGAAGGUCCAGUGCCAGUGAUGAACAAUAUCGAGUAUUCAUCAUCAGAGUUGAAGGCAAAGAACACUGUUCCAAAACGUUACAUUUUAGCUGAAAAUUCAACCAGAAGCAAUCAAACUUCAGCAAUGGCGCCUUCAAACACUGCUGAAGCUCCUUCACCCACUGCGACGCCACCUGAACAUAAGAAGAAGAAGAAGAAGAAGAAGGUAGGCGCAUGGAUCCUUGGAUUCCUAACCGGAGGAUUUGCCGGGACUAUUUCCGGGUUGGUGUUUUCAGUGCUUUUCAAGCUACUAUUCGUCUUGUUUAAGGGCGUAGAGAAGGAACCGGGUCCAGCAAUUUACAGUCCUCUGAUCAAGAAAGCCGAGGACUUGGAUUUCCUGGAGAAAGAAGAUGGAUUGGCAUCCCUUGAAAUCAUUGGACGAGGCGGGUGCGGCGAAGUUUACAAGGCAGAGUUACCAGGAAGUAACGGAAAGAUGAUCGCUAUCAAGAAGAUAAUUCAACCACCCAAGGAUGCUGAGGAGUUAACCGAAGAAGAUAGCAAGCUUAUGAACAAGAAAAUGCGUCAGAUUAAAUCAGAAAUUCAAACUGUGGGUCGGAUUCGACACCGGAAUCUACUUCCUCUACUAGCCCAUGUGUCACGACCGAAAUGCCAUUACCUUGUGUAUGAAUUCAUGAAGAAUGGCAGCUUACAAGAUAUGCUCCACCAAGUUUCGCUAGGGAAUAGAGAACUGGAUUGGCUGGCAAGGCACCGGAUAGCACUGGGUGUUGCAGCAGGACUUGAGCAUCUCCACAUGAACAAUUCGCCGCGUAUAAUUCACAGGGAUCUCAAACCAGCAAACAUUCUUCUUGACGAUGACAUGGAAGCUCGAAUUGCAGAUUUUGGACUUGCAAAAUCAGUCCCGGAUGCUCUGACACACGUCACGACUUCCAACGUGGCUGGAACGGUGGGAUACAUAGCACCGGAGUAUCACCAGACGCUGAAGUUCACAGACAAGUGCGAUAUAUACAGCUUUGGGGUGUUGCUAGGGGUGUUGGUGACGGGCAAGCUUCCCUCAGAUGACUUUUUCCAGCACACAACAGAGAUGAGUCUGGUGAAAUGGCUGAGAAAUGUGAUGACUUCUGAGGAUCCAAAUAGAGCAAUUGAUCCAAAGCUGAUUGGAAAUGGAUAUGAAGAGCAGAUGCUUCUGGUGCUGAAAAUUGCUUGCUUUUGCACUCUUGAUAAUCCAAAAGAGAGGCCUAACAGCAAGGAUGUCAGGUGUAUGUUGUCUCAGAUCCAGAAUCAGAUAUGAUGGGAACAUUGAAUAACUGUUUAAGAAUAAUGAUGUAUGUGAUUAAGAAUUUUCUCUCCAGCAUAAAAAUUGUACCUCAAAGCUGCAAAAGCAUGUGAUUCUCAGUAGUACCAAACUGUCAUGUACCCUUAUAUUUGAUGAAAAUGGCAUUUCCUGAUUGAUUAUCAUCUCUUGUGCAUAGACUCCUUUCUUAAACUUUGUCUACGGCUAGGCCUCAAACAUCAUCUUCUUGUAAGGCAGAAUAAUCCAUAAAGCGCAGCCCACACCAAGCUCCCACCAG